CCAGUCGGUUUCUGUGCUUUUAUCAGUUGCUCUCGUAACUCAUUAAUAAUAAUUUCAUUAUCAGUUUCAUUACGCAUUUAUUCCACAGACGUCUUGAACGUUGUGUCGAUUUAUUAGUAUUCUUUCGCAUGUCGCUGACUUGUCAGUUAGACGUUUUUGUUCAGUUUUUCCAACUUUAGUCCGAAAAUCGUGCAGUUUUUUUUUUUUUCGUAAAACAGUCAUGACUUUGACCAGGAAAAUUAUUAAUACGAAUAACGCGCCCAGACCUAUUGCACCGUACAAUCAGGGUGUUGUUUUGGAGUCCACCCUUUACGUGUCCGGAUGUCUGGGACUGGACAAAGACACGAUGAAACUAGUGGAAGGGGAUGUGAGUACCGAGACCAGACAGGCUCUUCGAAAUUUAGGUGAAAUUCUACACGCCGCUGAUUCGGCAUAUGAUAAAGUGAUAAAAACCACAAUUUUUAUGAGCGAUAUGAACGAGUUCUCUUCUAUCAAUGAGGUUUACAAAGAGUUUUUCACCAAGGAUUAUCCAGCAAGAUCAGCGGUUCAAGUGGCCAAACUGCCCCUAAAUGCAAGGGUGGAAAUCGAAGUGGUGGCCGCUGUGGGAACUGUGAAAACCGUCUGCUGUAAACACUAACACCAACAUGGAAAAAUCAUUUUUAAGUCUAAUAUUUGUAUUUAAAUAUGUGACAAUUCAAUAAUAAUGAAAAUGCGCUCAUGAUUAUAGUGCGGAAAAAACCUUGAAUAUAGCAAGAAUUUUUCACCAGUUACACCUCAAAAAUCGGUUUCUGACUAAUUCCUGAGUCAUUAAUGCGUUGUCGCCAAAAAUCUGUGCUUAAAGCCCGCACUUAUUACUGAAUAAUCAGUCAAAAAAUUA